UGUCGGCGUGCGGGAGCGAGCGGCAGCGGGCGGGCGGCGGGGCCGCGCCCAGCGAUGAGGCACGAAGCGCCCAUGCAGAUGGCAUCCGUUCAAGAUUCCAGAUAUGGCCAGAAAGAUACAUCUGACCAGAACUUUGAUUACAUGUUCAAACUGCUCAUUAUCGGCAACAGCAGUGUUGGGAAAACCUCCUUUUUGUUCCGAUAUGCUGAUGAUUCCUUUACAUCUGCAUUUGUAAGCACGGUUGGGAUCGAUUUCAAAGUAAAAACAGUUUUCAAAAAUGAAAAAAGAAUUAAGCUACAGAUUUGGGACACAGCAGGCCAGGAAAGGUACAGAACGAUCACCACAGCUUAUUACCGGGGUGCAAUGGGCUUCAUUUUAAUGUAUGACAUCACAAAUGAAGACUCCUUCAAUGCUGUGCAGGACUGGUCAACUCAAAUCAAAACAUACUCUUGGGAUAACGCCCAGGUUAUUUUGGUUGGCAACAAAUGUGACAUGGAGGAUGAACGAGUAAUCUUCACUGAGAGGGGAAAACAUUUAGCGGAGCAACUUGGAUUUGAAUUUUUUGAAACAAGUGCCAAGGAAAACAUUAAUGUCAAGCAGACGUUUGAGCGACUUGUGGAUAUCAUCUGUGACAAAAUGUCAGAAAGUCUGGAGACGAAUCCCACCAUUGCUGCCAGCAACCAGAACACACAGCUAAAGGACACCCCUCCUCCACAGCAGCCCAACUGCAGCUGCUAAUGCAACUAUCAGCAAAUGCAGCUCCAGUGUGUUCUAUUGCCAACAGAGUAUUUAUGAAUGGUCUAUAUGCCUUUAUUUAUACUGUCUUAUUAAUUUAUUUGGCAGAACAGUCUUGUUUUACAUCAAGCUGUUUGGAUAUGCUCAUGGGGAUAGAGCAGUUUUUAAUCUGAAAGGCUGAUCCAUAUUUUAGAACCUAGCUUUUUGCAUGCAGGGUGUAUAUUAACUUCUCUUUUUACUGUUUUAUGUCACACUUCAGCUGGUGCCAUGUCCUCAGACCAUGUUUGCCUAUAAUUGUCUCUCGCUUCAUCAGUUUCAAGCUAUACAGUUGAAUCUUUAGGGCAGUGGUCAGGGCGUUUUGAGUUAGCUUCCUGAUGCCACUUGCACAUUCUUCUGAAUGAAAAUGAAUUUAGAAGCAAUCCUGUAGUGAGCCAAUCCCUCAUUCUGUCCAGAUCACUUGUACAAGGAGCACUUCCUGGAGCACAUUGCCUUGGCUAACCAACUCACUAUGUUACACAUCCUGGCUGACUGAAAACUGCAGAAGUUAGAAGGAAGUUAGAUCCUGGGCCCAAAGCCAUUAAAAUUCCCUACGAAUUUCCAACUGAAUGUGGAUAUUCAGUCCAGACUCUCAGAGAUAUUAGGUACUUCAUCCUGGUUGGAUAGCUAGUAUAUUUACUUUUAGAUAGAAGCAGCAUGUCUAUCUAAAAAUUUUCUGAAACUGGACUUAAUUUCUCAUUCCAUCAUUAUGGAGAUCCCAGUCUUACCUAUGCCUGUAGUAUAAGGCUAGUUAGCCCUUUCCAUUUCUGCCUGCAGGAGACAUUAACCAUGCAGUCCUAUGUUAUGUCUGACAGAGCCAAAUCCAUUGUGUUUGAUUGUUCAUAGCCAAAAGCUGCUUUGUCACAUUGCUGUCAAACCUGCAUGCUUCAGUUUUCAGGAAUUUCCUCUCCCAUGCAAUCUCUGAGAUAUCUACCACCACAGUGUCUACAAAUGUCUGUAUUUUACUCAGACCUAUUGCAGAAAUGUUGAUGGUGUCAGUGAACUCAAGUUUGACCUCAUUUUUUCCAUUUAUUUUGGCAAGAGAAUUGAUAUUUUUUAAAACUUUAGGAGUAAUAAAAAAUUGUCAACAUUUCUAAUCCUAGGCUGAAUGCAUUGAAAAGAUCAGCAAAAAACUGUGAAGAUAGCAGAAUAAAGUACACAAAUUGUUUUAUGAUAAAGUGUUAAAAUAGUUAUAUUUCACAGUUUUUACUCCUCUAGUAAUUGGUGGAAGUUUCUUACACCUGUGUCUUGAGGUACUUUGUACAACUCUUUACUUGCAUCACAGUGACUUUUUUAAAUUAAACAGCAUAAUUGAAGAAGCACUGAUUAUUUUAUUUUUCCAAUUAGACAGAAUUUAAGACAAGGCUGACAUUUUUAAACUGUCAGCAAUAGGAAAAAUAUGUAAAAUAAAAGAAAAGGAAAUAACACAUAGUACACUGAAUGACUCACAGCUGUUUUUUGAAGGUAGUUUAUAGAACUCCUGAUACACACUAAGAGAAAAUAGCCACUUUUAAAAAAAAUUAAUAAAUAAUCUAAAUACACUUUGACACAAAAGUUACUCACAAACAAGCCAUAUAGUCACAUGCAAAAUGGAUAUGCCAGGAGGGUUCUCCCUGGGCUGCCUAACCUAAAUUAAUCAAUGCUGUCUUCAGUCUGGGUAUUUAAACUGUCUAUCCAGUUAGCUAGUUUAUUUAAGAGCUUUUUCCCCUGGUAGACAUGGAGACUGAUUUACCUCCAUAAAGAGAAAGCACCCUCCUUUUUAGAGUGGAGAACCACCCAGGUGAAAAAGGUGUGUGCUAUCCAAACCAUAAUCCUGUCUCUCUCUUGGGUGCUUUAUUUUUCUCCCCCAUUUAAGACAGCAGAUGUUGCUAAGAGCACUGAGAGACUUUCACUAGUACGUUUUCACCCACUAGGUGCCAGCUGAUCGGAAAAAACAGAAGUGAUGCAAAGUUGAGUAACCUUCAUUUGAAAUGGCUACUGGACAGUUUUCCAUGUUUUUCUUGUUAUGUCAGUGAUUUCUGCUUGAGAAGAAGGAGCAGGAAAGUCUUGAGAGAGAAUUCAGCUUCAGCUCUCAAGUUCUUUAGACAAAUCCUAGGUUGUAUUAUUAGUCUGAACCAUCUCAGGCAAGGAGGGGAAAGACAUAAUCACACUGUCAAGGCUCUUGGGCAUAUCCUGAACCAUGCAGCAUGGCUAGAAGUGCAAGUAUUCUUCCAGCUUUGCUCUGAGAUGUUUGAUGUGAAAUGGUCAUCACCUGUGCACAGUGCAAUAAGGAAUAAAGACUUCAAGUCUUUAUUGUUCCUUGCUGCAGCCACACUUUGCUUGUACUCCAUUGCAAUGAAUUUAAGACCCUCCCUGCCUGGCUGUGACCAUUUAGACUCUAAUUGGUGGCAGAAAUACAUUAUUAGCAUAUAUAUUUUUAAACAAAUUGAGUGGUAGAUAAAUAGUUCUUCACGUAAUAGGAUUAAUUUAUUGCUUUUAAUUUUGCAUCAGGAGUCUGGCCAGAAGAGUAACAGCAUAAUCUAAGGAGAACACCUGCUUCAAGUUUCUGAGGCAACUCACCUGCCAGGCAUCCAUGCAUAUUUGGCUUUCUGCAUGAGGUGGGGUGGCUGGAGGAAGUAGCUCUCAGAGUAGCGUUAUUCCUUAGAGUGCUAGAAAUGUGUUAAAAGGAAAAAGCUCAUCUGAAAUACAGCAGCAGAAUGAGUCGGUAUCUAAAAUCUCCUCAAAACUUUUUACCAACACUUAGACAUUGUCAUGAAGUUCGGAGUUAGAUUAAUUUUUUAAAUGUUCAAAUAAAACACUUGGAGUUUUUCAAGAUCAGACUGUCCAAAAUACUGGGAGAACCACUCAGCCCUCUCAGCUGACACUGUUUUGAGCAGAAAGUUGGAAAAGAUGACAUGCUGUGGUCCCAUCAAACCAAAUUUAUCCUAUCGUGACUUUGUCUGAACUUGAAAAUGUGUGGAAGUUCAAGCAGGCUUUUUCUUUUCAGCUGGGUUACCUACUAUCGGAAAAGUAGGCUUUAAUUUUCCAUCACAGAUUGGCUUUUGCAGUCACAUGCUAACCAGAAAUAUUGAGUUUUCUGCUAUAAAGUUGGUCACAUUUAGAUCAUGAGCAUCAUGAUCUCAGUACAUCUCUCAACUAGAACUUGCCUUCUGUAGAGAAACAGUGAAGACAGAAAAGCUUUUGAGGAGUAACUCACUUUGCCUUCCCCAAAUAUUCAAAGAAUUCUGAGGGCACUAACAGUGCUAGAAUUUUUAUUCUGUCUCAAAUUAUUCCUUGGCCUCCUAUGACAUAGAAUGUCCAAUAGCAGCCUGUGUCUGGUUCAGCUCCUCUUGACUUACAUGAUACAACUGUAGUUUUCUUGAGUUCAGGUAGGCUGAACAUUUUUGAAGAACUUUCACAACUUGAUCAAGGGCCUAAAUUUAAACGAUCAAUGCCUUUUGCUUCACAUAUAUCCAGUAUUCACUGAUUAUGAGUUCCUCAAGGAGACAAGCAGGUUUUGGUUGCAUCUUUGAUCUAUCCAGUGUGGCACAAUUCCUUCAAGUACCAGGCUACAAAGCACCAUAUUUUGUGAUGGAAGAGGGGAGGACUCAGAGGAAAACUGAGAUAGCAGAAACAAAACUACUUUCAGUCUCAUCACAUAUAUUAGUGAAAAAGUUCCUGCACACCUUGCAUUAAUUUGCUGUCACUUUCAACAUAGACAUAAGACUGAAUGCCACAGUAAAUCAUUGGGCCAAGCUUAGAUACCCCCUUCAGCUGAGAUUUACUCACUUGGUGAGAUACAGCAGUUGAUACAUACAGUAUGUUAAACUUCUGAGAGAUGAGAUGCCUUUGGGCAGAGAGUCCUGAGCUCCAUAGUGCUAGCUGAAGCUGAACUAAUACAGCACAAUCCUUUUUCCGAGUUAUGAUCUAGACUAAAGCUUAUAGCAGCAGGCUAAUUCUGCACAUGGGCAAUGCACCAGCCUUAUCACGCUCUGACAAUGUGCUGCUUGCUGCACCUUCAAGCUGCUGGUCAGAAAAUACCUUGGGAGCGCCCAGGAACAUGGGGAUUUACUGGUUCCUGCGGCGCACCAACCUGCUAAACAGCUAGCCAGCCCUGCUGGACUGAACAUUCAGAUGCAUGUUUUUGAUUAUUUUAAGAGUUCAUGUUCACAAGUUACAAGUGCAACUGACUUAAUACUGUAUCUGUUAUUUUUGAUGGUGGUGGUUAGUUUAUUUAGACUUGUUCUUUUGGUGUUUUAAAUAAAUAUGAAUUAGCCUAAUUUUCUGUCAAAAAUACUCUUUGAACAGCUGUGUAAGUGACCAGUACCUGGAAUUGUUUGUUCCUCUGUGCUUAUACUUAAUGCAACACCUAGAGAAAUUACCUGAGCAACUACUUCUAUGUGGCCUUUUCCAGAGCACCAGUCUGGAAGAUUAAAUUUUCUUCCCAGUCUGCUCAGCUCUGUAUAUUCAGCCAUACCACCUGCAUUUUCUUCAUUUUAGAAAUAAAGUGCUAUUUCAGGAUGCACAAAAUUUUCUGGAGUUUGAGCCUAAUUUUGAGAAUUAUUUAAAUUUGUCAUUUUUAAGGAAAAAAAAAGUAGCAAAAAUUCUACAUUUGGUGGUUAUACACUUGUUUUUUCAGCACAGACAAAUGAUGUUGCAAUUGCAAGAAACCCCCUUACAAACUGCAUCCCUCUACCCCUCCUCUACUCUUUUCUAUAUUUGUUUUUUGAGAAGUAAGUUUUAUUAUUUAACUUUUUACAGGCAUCAACUAAAUUUCAGUUCUGAUGCCAGACUGAUUCCUCCUUGGCCUGUUCCAUAUAGACUCACAAUAUGAGCCUAGUUCUUCUUUAGUAUGACAGAUUUAGCAAGGCGAGACCAUGAGUCUGAAGCCUCAUAGAUACAUCUUCAUGGGGGUAGCAACACAUCUUCACUUAUGUCAACAGAGUAAUAAAGUGUGUUAAUUUGCACCAUUGAUCCAUACAUUCUGACUCCAGAUUCUCCAAGGUUGAUCACUUGUCCAGUCUCAUUUAAAAAGGCAAAACAUUUCAAUUAUUUGAAUGAAGUUUUAUUUAGGAGUAAAUGUUGUUCACAUUUGCAAAUUAAGCUUGCUUUUUUUUUCUACUUUUGCUUAUGCAUGGAUAUUCAGUGAAGCAGAAUGUGAGACUACACAUGUAUUAUAGGCACAUAUAUACAGUAGUACAUCUUGGAUACUCAUUCAUUUCCCACUGUUACUUGUUUCUAUUCAGUACCACCUUUCCCAAAUUUACACUUAAAUUGUCUUUACCACUGGAAAUCAAAUGUGCUACAUUUGAAGACCGUAGGUUUAUUAACCGUGGUUCCAGCAGAAGUAGAUGGCUUGUCAUUUGUACAAAAAGGUAGUUGCUAUCUGAUCUGGGGGAGAUGCAAAAGUCCUGAUUUUCCCAUAACUUCUCAUUCACCUAUAAUACACAGAAAUGAAAGUUAGAUAGAGAUUGUUUACCACUUCUGGUGAUAAAUUUCCUCAAGUAAUUCUGACAUGUACCUGCAACUAGUGAUGUAUGAAAUGUUUGUGCUGUAACUCCUGUUUGGUAUUUUGUCAGUAAUGUCAGAUGUGGUGUGACUCGGACUGUCACAAUGUAUAACCUAUAUAGUAGCGUUCGUGUACUUCAAAUGUCUUACAUGUUGCAUGAAAAAAUGUUAUAAAAAUAGAUAUUUUUUCUAUUUUUUAAUACCUCAAGACUGAGGAAUCAUGGGCCAAUAAGUGCAAUAUUUAAUUAUUUACUCAGUGUAUAUAAACUUGUGUGAAAGGGAGAAGCAUUAUGUAUGUGUCACAAGCUGUUGAUGACGCCUGUAUGGCUUAGGAUUUCUAGUAAAUGUACACAUCUUGUAGAAAUAUUAUAUAGUAAACACUUUACUAGUGUAGUGUAAGAAUAUUCUUAAGUAACCUAAACUAUUUUUCAUAUAUGAGACUAUGGUUAAAGAUAUUUGUAUGUUUACUGCAAGUGCAUGUCAAUUUUACUUUUAGAGUUCUGAGUUCCUUUUCUGAGAAUAGUCAUGUUAAACCACUAGUGGGACAGGUCUUCUGUCAGAAAAUGCUUCAAACCAUUUACAAACUGGCUGCCUAUAUUUUUAAAAGCAUGUUCUCUGGAAGCAUUAAAAGAAUGUCUUAGAGCUCAGCAUUUAUGGUGGGUUAAUUAUUUACUUUUAAAGAGUCAGUUAUGAUCUGUCCCUGUAUUACAUAAUAUCAUGUGGACACAUUCUCUUUAAUCUGAUACAGUUAACUCAUCUGAAAUAAUAAAUAGGGGUACCCAGUAUUCUUGCAGAUGACUUGCCAAACUUCUGUUGGUGCCCUGGUUUUAUAUGUUCCAAACAGCUUCAAGGUCACAGUCAGCAGCACAGCAGAGUGGAAGGUGACCUUAACUGACCACUUUUGAAAAUUCAGUUUCUUAACCUCUCUAGAUACUAAAGAUGGAAGAUACCUCCUUAAAGAUACUAACCCACAUUCUUCACUCCAGUUUUAUAUGGCCUUCAAAAUUCAACAAUUUCACUGUUAGGCUUAAAGCUGAGGUACAAAUGGAAACAAAAUGCUGGCCAGAAUCUAACCAUGAAAUGAAAAAGAGACAUCCAAUAAUUUAUUUACUCCUACUUCCUUGCAUAAUUCUACUGGUUCUCUAAGAACAUGAUCAAGGCUGUCAGUACUCAGCAACACUUUUGGGUACAUUUGGAACCUUAAACCCCAAUCACUGAUCUGCCAUGGGUUCCUAGUGGUGCCCACAGAGCCUGCAGAAAAGCUCAUUCUGUUAAUUCUUGCUAAAUCUCCUGUUUCAAAGGAAUGUGUUACCUGCAUUGGGAAUUUACUGAACAGAGACAGGCCACUGAGUCUGGGACAUGAGAAGUUGGGGAAUUGGUUUUGCCAGACAAUUUUCCUAAAAUGUGUAUUUAUUAGUACCACACUAAAAGGUACAUAAGUAGAUUUUUUGUUUGAUCUGAUGCAUUUUUGUGACGAUGUAUGAGGUUGAGUAAGUUGUUUGUUGCAUUGUUUUGAGGUUUUUUAAAUUUGCUUGUUCUGGAAAAUAAUGAAAUUCCAAAGCCUACUGGAAACCAGUAUCAUGGGUUUCCUUUCUAAUGUCAUCAAAUACAUUCUCUGAGGAAGCAAAGCAGCCAAAUUGCAUUAAGUAGCACAUGACAGUACUUGCAAUGAUGUGAAAAGUCCUUAAAAAAAAUUUCUUUGUACCUAAUGCCAUUAAAACUUCUACAAAAUUAUAAAGACCAGAGUGAAAUGAAGAUGCAUGUAGAUAGAAAUUUGGGAUUACUUAAUAUAAAAAGGAAAUUCUUGGCAUCAUUGUUGCCGAGCAACAACGUAUGAGUCAGAAUAUGAGGUACCACUAAAAUGGAAAUAUACAGCCAGCUACAGGACUCCCAGAAUUUUUUAUUGUGAAGUGACCUGGCAGUUCAAGGGCUGGCAGAUAAUUUUACCUAGCUUUUUUAUAAUUCCUCAUAGAUGUGAUUACAUGCACAAAAACAAACACUUAUCUUGAUAACAUGUAGCUGUUCUGGUUCUCUCAAACCAGCUGGUUUGCUGAACUGUUCUUGAAGAAAAACUGAAGUAUGUGUUUAGGAUACCUUUGUGAGAGGGUGAAACUCAAUCUCUGCCUUUUCCCCUGACUCUUACUGCAAUAUAGCUAAUGUGGUUUUAAAAAAUAUGCUAGCUAAACUGCUGCUGGGUGAUAAAUUUUGUGAAUUUUCUCCAUAAAUCAUGGAUGCUCUUAUCUGAAUGUUCAGUACAAGUUUUAUCCACAUGGAGAGUUAUAAUUCUGUGCAGUCGUAGCGACUAUGUGUAUUUUGUUGGAUAUUCUGUUUGUAUGUGAUUUCUGUAUACCAAGUGGAUUUUGCUUGUUUAAUUCUUUUGCUGAAAGUUUUUUUUCCUUUUGCAAUUACAAUAAAUAUUCAAGAGACUAUA